CGUCGGCUUACCUCUUCUCGUAGUCCAGUUGGAAGCUGCUGGCGCGGGCCUUAGACCCGGCCGGAUACUGCCCUUGGUGGCGUGUCUGGGAACACACUGUCAGGCUUCUUUUCCGGAAGGGCAGACUCUUGACCCUUUGGCUCUAGAGCUCCCACUUUCCAGCUCCGUCCUCCCUGGAGCCGUGUUUGGUGCCUCGCACGUCCAUCUCUGCGUCACUUCCGCGGCGGUUCACCUGUGCGCUGGGCCUUUAUUCAGCCUGGCCGCGACACUAGCAGAAAAGAGUAAUGAUGCGGGUUUGUUGGUUGGUGAGAAAGGACAACCUUCACCAGCGAAUUAAGCUUCCACACCUAGAAGUAGUUGUGGUUGGGCGAAGUCCAGAGACCAAGAUCACAGACAAGAAAUGUUCCCGCCAGCAAGUACAGUUGAAAGCAGAAUGUGACAAGGGAUAUGUCAAGGUAAAGCAGGUAGGGGUCAAUCCCACCACUAUUGACUCAGUCGUAAUUGGGAAGGACCAAGAAGUGAAGCUCCAGCCUGGCCAGGUUCUCCACAUGGUGAAUGAACUUUAUCCAUAUAUUGUAGAGUUUGAAGAAGAGACAAAGAGCCCUGGCCUGGGAACAGAAAUGAAGAGAAAGAGGUUAGGUAACAGCGAUUCUUUAGAAAGUGAUGUUGCUCAGGAAGCCAAGUCCAGGGCAAGACUGGAGUCUGGGGGUGACCCUGGCCAGUGCUCUGUGUCCCCAAAGAAGGUCAGAGAUGAUGCUUCUACUAAAAAGGAAUCACUGGGCCAUUGGAGUCAAGGCUUGAAGAUUUCUAUGCAGGACCCCAAAAUGCAGGUUUACAAGGACGAGCAGGUGGUAGUGAUUAAGGAUAAAUAUCCCAAGGCUCGUUAUCACUGGCUGGUCUUACCUUGGGCCUCCAUUUCUAGCCUGAAGGUUGUGACCAGGGAUCAUCUUGACCUCCUCAAACACAUGCACACUGUAGGGGAAAAGGUGAUUGCAGAUUUCGCUGGGUCAAGCAAACUCCGCUUCAGAUUGGGCUACCAUGCCAUUCCCAGCAUGAGCCAUGUACAUCUCCAUGUAAUUAGUCAGGAUUUUGAUUCUCCUUGUCUUAAGAACAAAAAACACUGGAAUUCUUUCAAUACAGAAUACUUCCUAGAAUCUCGAGCUGUGAUCAAGAUGGUACAAGAGGCUGGCAGAGUGACUGUUCAAGAAGAGACGCCUGAGCUCUUGAAGCUGCCCCUCCGCUGUCAUGAGUGCCAGCAGCAGCUGCCUUCCAUUCCUCAGCUGAAAGAGCAUCUCAGGAAACACUGGCCAAAGUGAUUGCAAAGAACUGAACUGUAGUAUAUGUGAUUCUCACUGUUCAGGCUGAUCUCAUGGUAUCUGUUCUAGAUUGUAUACUUUUUUUUUUCUUUUAGCCAAGCACUGCUAACUCUGGCUUAUGGUGGGGCCAGGGUUUGAACCUGGGACCCUGGAAUCUCAGGCAUGAAAGUCUCACACAAUUACUGUGCUAUCUCUUGGCACCUUGUAAACUUCUUUCAUAUAGUUUUUUUUUAUAUAUACAGAAAUCAUUUCAUUUCGGAGUGGCUGCAAUAGAGAGUGGCUCAGAACAGCUUGGGAGUUAUGAGUUUGAGUUUGUCUUGGAUAUGUUUUCUGGUAAGGGUGCUGAGGUAUGCCUGACCCUCCAUCUCCAGGAUCCACAUCAAGUCUGCCAGUGGGGUCAAAACCAUGUUCAGACCGACUUCAUGUGGCAGGGGACUGGCUUAGAUAGCUCUGUCCUUAUACUUAUCCUUACUCAGAGGUAGGUAGAACCUUUUCUUCAGAGCAGCCCGACUGGUCUUUUGCUUAUCCUGAAAGCAUUGACUGAUCUUGUUCUUUGAUUUUAAUUUUUUUUGUUAAUAUCCUUUUUCCUUCCCUCCUCCAUAGGGAGACUUAGUUUCUUCUGUCUUUUUCAUUUUUUUUCUACUCAGCAAGUCUGUCUCAUCAUAUUCCCUCUGCUUUGAACAAACAAUUUAGAUGAAGGGGUAGAAGGAUGGAGUUUUCUUCUUACAUCAGGGGCUUCUGACUGGUAAAGAGUAGCCAUACGCUAAUCAGGUUUACUUGCUAUAUCUCAGCGCUGGACUCUUUGGAUCUGUUGUCUGACAAUAAACAUCAUUUGGGCAGUC